AAGAUGGACAUGGACGCGGUUGCAGCGAAGAUGCUGUCCGAGUGGAAGAGCUGUGAGGGCGCUUUUGGAGAAGGGGACUCGCUCCAGUCCGACUCGCCGGUGUCCUCGAUGGACUCCAUGUGUUCCUCGCCGGAGAUGGGCUACUCCAGCGGGCAUCAUCGGGACGACGAGGAUUUCCCGUUUGGCUUCGGGGGACGCGGUGCGGCUCUGGUGGCGCAGCGGCAGGGCAAACCCAAGAUGUCCACCAAAAGACGCAUGAAGGCCAGCGAGAGGGAGAAGAUGCGCAUGAGGAGUCUCGCGGAGGCUCUGCACCAUCUCCGCGACUAUCUGCCGCCCGACUACAGCAAGAGAGGACAGCCCCUCACCAAGAUACAGACCCUGAAAUACACCAUCGAGUACAUCAACAAGCUCUCAGACAUCCUGGGCCGCGCGUAA